GGUUGCCCUGCGGGCACCGCCUUCCCUCCCUGCGCGGGGACACCGGACCCAAGACGGCAGGACGCGGCCAUGGCCCCGCUCCCCGGGCCUUUGCUGUGCGGGGCGCUGCUGGGCUUGGUCUGCGUGACUGCUCCCGGCCGCGCGGUGGAGGUGCGUGUGCCCGCGGAGCCCCUGAGCGCCCCGGUGGGCAAGACGGCCGAGCUGACCUGCACCUACAGCACGUCCGUGACGGACAGCUUCGCCCUGGAGUGGAGCUUUGUGCAGCUCGGGAAGCCCAUCUCUGCGUCCACGCCCAUCCUGUACUUCACCAACGGACAGCUGUAUCCCACUGGUUCCAAGGCGAAGCGGGCCAGCCUGCUUCAGAACCCCCCCACAGGAGGCGUGGCCACCCUGAAACUGGCUGACGUCCACCCCUCAGACACGGGAACCUACCUCUGCCAAGUUAACAACCCACCAGAUUUCUACACCAAUGGCUUGGGGCUAGUCAACCUUACUGUGCUGGCGCCCCCCAGUGGCCCCCUGUGCAGCCGGACUGGUGACACAUCUGUGGGAGGCUCUGCUGCCCUGAGGUGCAGUUCCUCUGAAGGAGCUCCCAGGCCCGUGUACAACUGGGUCCGCCUUGGAUCUCUUCCUACACCUCCUCCUGGCAGCAUGGUGCAAGAUGAGGUGUCCGGUCAGCUCAUUCUCACCAAUCUCUCCCGGGCCUCCUCGGGCACCUACCGCUGUGUGGCCACCAACCAGAUGGGCAGUGCAUCCUGCGAACUGACCUUGUCUGUGACUGACCCUUCCACAGGCCGGAUGGCCGGGGCGGUGAUUGGAGUGCUCCUGGGCGUGCUGAUCCUGUCUGUCGCUGUAUUCUGCCUCAUGAGGUUCCAGAAAGAGAGGAGGAAGAGGCCUAAGGAGACUUACGGGGGUAGUGACCUUCGAGAGGACGCCACCGCUCCUGGGAUUUCGGAGCAAACCUCUGGGAUGGCCGACCCUAGCAAUGGGCUCCUGGAGAAGCCCCCCUCUGCCAUCUCUGUGAAGACCAACAAGUCCAAGCUCCCUGUGGUUGUCUGACUUCCCUGCCCGUCACCGAGGGGGAAUAUCCACAAUUAAAGCCUCUU